ACCUGUCGCAGUUUAAUAGUAACUGAAAACUUAGGAUCAAGGAUCGAACCAUCGUUGCUUUCAGUCUGAUUUAAUCCGAUCCAAACAUCAGUUCGCUCCAUUGUAUUUAUAAGAAUUCAUUGUACCAACUACCAAGGACCAAACCACAUUUUUGUUCGAUUCGGUGGUCCAUUGCAAAGGCAGGUUUCUAUCCGGUGCGGAUCAAAAGGUUGCACACUUCUAAAUUGAAACCUUAACUGUUAAAUUAGUUACUUCAAAAUUGACUCACGAGUCACGAGGUCGUUAUCAAUAAAAUAAAAAUAAAAAAACAGUGACGAAUUUGGUUGUCGCCAUGAAAUCCAGUACCGCGUUGUUGCAAAUUUCCCCCGAAUUUUCUUGUGCGGACUGAUGGUGAAGGUCCAGUAGGCCCCACGUUUCGCCGAGUAGAUCGGAUGCGGGUCCCACAAACAAGGCUCGACCAAUCGGUCCGACCGGCACAGUUCGUUUUUUCGUCCGCUAGCGGAUCGGGUUUGCUGGCUGCAGCUAUAAAAUCCACACUCACCCUUCGCCUUCUUCCUUACCCACAAUUCCUCUCCUUCUCUCUGUCUCUCUCUCGGUCUCAAGCUCUCUCCUUGAUCCCACUCUCGCUUUCUGCUUCUAAACUGAUCGGCGCUAUUCAGUCCCGCUCUUCUCAAGCUCGAUUACAGAGUUCAUCGGGAGAAAAACCCGUAAAGGAAGAGAAAGAAAAACAGAGCACUCUGCUUUUUCGUCCAGUUAGCUCACCCCAUUUCGUUUACAACCUUCAAAGAAAGUUUCUAAUUCAGUCUCUUAUAAGGUAAAUUUGUUAGCAAGGAACCCAGAUAUUGGGUGUCUUCCAUUCGGUGGAAAUCUAAGUUCAAAUGGGCUUCCUCUGUUUUUUUUUUUUAGUUUGCUUCCGAUUUUGGGAUUUUUCGAUCUCAUGGGCGAUUUGUUAUUGUUACAGAGAUGACGAACCAAAAUGUUGUAGUGCCGGACACGAAAUCGGGGAUCAGCUUGCCAAUGGUCCGUCUUUCGGGCUCGUCGAUCUUCCCCGCGACGGCGCAGAAGCCGCCGACGGCUCCUGGCACCGGCGGCGGGGGCUGCAUCUCCCUGUCGGCCAAGAAGAAGCUCCUGCUCGAGAAUCUGGAAAUCAAUGGCGGCGGCGGAGCCGCCAAAAUUAACUCCUGGGUUGACUCCAUGAGAGCUUCCUCGCCGACCCACAUGAAAUCGAGUUCCCAAUCUCUCUCGGAAGAUCAGCAACUCCCAUGGCAGCACCAGCAGCAGAUUACUCUGCCGUCGGCGUUGGAUAAUUUCGACCAGAUAAUGGAAGCUUCUCGAGGGAAGCAGAUCGUCAUGUUCCUCGACUACGAUGGCACACUUUCCCCCAUUGUUGACGACCCCGAUCGUGCUUUUAUGUCCAAAAAGAUGAGGACGACUGUUAGAAGGCUGGCGACCUGUUUCCCCACCGCCAUAGUGAGCGGAAGAUGCAGAGACAAGGUGUACAAAUUUGUGAGGCUAGCGGAACUUUACUACGCCGGAAGCCACGGGAUGGACAUUAAGGGUCCGGAGAAAGGCUCCAAGUACACUAAAGGGACUGAGCCGGUGAUAUGCCAGCCGGCGAGCGAGUUCCUGCCGAUGAUCGACGAGGUUUUCAAGGAGCUGGUGGCGAAAACGAAACUGACCCCCGGAGCCAAAGUUGAGAACAACAAGUUCUGCGUCUCGGUUCACUUCCGGUGCGUGGAGGAGAAGAAAUGGAGUGAAGUGGCGGAGGCCGUUAAGUCCGUUUUGAACAAGUAUCCCAAGCUCCGUCUCUCUCAAGGAAGAAAGGUACUGGAAAUCCGACCCACGAUUAAGUGGGAUAAAGGCAAGGCUCUGGAAUUUUUGUUGGAGUCUCUUGGAUUUGCUAAUUGUACCGAUGUUUUCCCGGUUUAUAUUGGAGAUGAUCGAACUGACGAGGAUGCAUUCAAGGUAUUGAAAGAGAGAGAGCAAGGAUUUGGGAUUCUUGUGUCCAAAGUUGCAAAGGACACUAAUGCUUCUUAUUCCCUCCAGGAACCAACCCAGGUUAUGGACUUCUUGCAACGAUUGGUAGACUGGAAAAAGCUGGCUUUCCAGGAGUCCAGGAUGUAGGUUGAUUGAUCAGUGGGUGGGGAUUGGAUUUGGAUGGAGUUUUUAAUUGUAUCAAUUAGCAUAUUUUAUUAGUUAAUUAAGUUGUAUAAUUACGACAAAAAAAAAGCCUCCAAGAGAAAUGUAACUAAGGGUGGGAGAAUAUUAGGGUUUUUUUUAUUAUUUCUAAUUUCUCCCUUAAGUUCCUUUUUGUUAGAGGGGAAGUUGGACUAAAUCCAUGUAAUUAAGGGAGAAAUUAACAGGAGGGAAGAGGGUUUAACCAUUUUGGUGUUUUACUCUUUGUCUUUCGGUUUAGUAAAUGGCUUUUUUUUGGGGGGGUUACAUCUUUUGUAACUAGGCACUUGUUUGUGGUUAUAUAUGAAUGGGAAAAGCAAGACUUUUGAGUUUCAUUUUUGUCCAUCUUUUUAUUUGUUCCUAUAAUUGUACUAAGGUUACUCAAAGUAAUUUAGCUUCCAAGUUUUGUGGAAAUCAAUAUGAGUUGAAGAGAGAAGAAAUGUAGCAUAACAAUUAAAUGAUGGGUUCUUCUUAAAAAAAUUCUCAUAAUGUUCAUCAGUUCAUAUAUGAGUUGUAAAAAAGAUUAGUGAGGAGAACUCGUAUUCAGUGUUUAAUAAUUACUCCUCUACGAACCUUCAUUUAAUAUUCAUAUUGGUCUAAACUAUAUAUAACAAAGAUUCAAUUUAAAUAUAUGCAACAUAUAUAAUUACAUAAAAAACACACCAAUCUGAGUUGUAAAAAAAAAAACAUACCAAUCUAAAAAAAUGUCUUUGCACUAAUAAAAGACCAACGCUUACCAAUGUUUAGGCCAAAUAGGGUUAGAGGUUUCAACCUGCCCUCUUCCCUUCUUCAAAUUGAUCAAAUAUAGUGGACCUACAAGCCAUAACAUCUAGUCGUGUACUAGUGUUGGUAAAAACAGUUGUGAAAAAUGAAAUAAGAAAAACAGUGAAAACAGUCGUUCUAGAUCGUUAUAAAAGUGGUAAUCCAUAUAUUGGCCGGCUGAUGUCUCUCUAACCCCUAAGAGGCACAUGACUUCUGGAUCAGCAGUAGCUAUGAUCAAAACGACUAUGUUUUGGGUAAACGAUCUCUAUCGUCCUUGUUUCAGGUCCGCGUUCGAGUUUGCUUGUUGACGAAAAAGAACGAAAAAAAAACCUCAUGUUUCUUCUUUUUCUUCUAUCAGCAAUCUUCUCCAUAUCCCAGCAACAAACACCACAUCAAUACUAAUUUCAUCUACAUUCAUUACAGAACCUUUGCGGGAUUCUGGCUAGAACAUGGGAUUGUCAUUUUGUUUAUGUUGAAAGCACGAAUGGCCACCAAUUCACCAUAUUCCAGAGUAGUGCACAUCUAGGUGCCACUUGCUCAACUACACUACCUACUAUUCUAUGUACGAUAGAUGCUACAUAGAUAGCUUCAUAACCAUUUAUAUAUACAUUGCAUCAAUAUGUUCCCAUAAAAAGGACGACCCCUCCACCUUCAGAGUGAGACCAUAUUUGUAGAGAGAGAGAGAGAGAGAGAGAGAGAGAGAGAGAGAGAGAGAGAGAUACAACAGGUUGAUUCUCACACUAAAAGAAUCUCAUUAGGCAACAUUCUUUCUUCACGUACGUGCUUCCCUUCUUUACUCUUAUCAGGCAAACUAUAUGCUGUAUGCAAUAAUUGAUCUAAGAGCUCUAUGGCCCUACUUCGAUGUUGUAAUGUUUGUUGGUUUGAGAUCUCAGAGUUGACGAUUUAUGGUAAACACGGUAUGUUUCGGGAAAACCUAGCUAUAAGGCUAGUUUAUAACACACUUAUAAUGGAUAUGUUAGUAUCUGACUUAUCGUUUCGGAAAUUAGAUACUUUAGUUGUAUGGUUAAUGGAUUGUUGUUUACAACGUUAUCAUUCUAUCGAAAUUGUUUUUUUGUUUUUGUUUUUUUACUAAUAUCAUCUGAUCGAAGGUGUAGAUGGAUGAAAUCAAAACGAGGUAAUGAA